AGUGGUGGCAUAAAAUCCUCAUUGCUGUAAAACUGCUCACAAUAACUGAAAUAGUACAUUGUCCAAAAUAUUGACGUAUUAAUUUAACAAACACUUUUAUCCAAAGUGACUUGCAAAUUAAGAACAAGCAAUUAGUCACAGAGCCAACAAUAUACAGAGUAUACACAGUAUUUAUUCGAAGGCUAUUCUCAGAAAAAUACUGCAAAAUUGUACCAAAGAAAAGCAGAACACACACAAGCACAUUGAUGAAAUGCCAGUGAUCCUCACUCCAAGCAUACAAUUGAAACAAAAAGUUGUUUCUGGCCCUUUUUUACCCCUGUACAAUACGAUGACUGGGCUAGUGCUGACUGUAGGGCUUAGUGCUGACUGUAGAGCUUAGUGUGUGUAGUGUGUGUAUGUGUGUAGUGUGUGCGUGUGUGUGUGGCAGGCCGGAGGCAGGGGCUCGAACCACUGUUGUACAGUCCUACCUGAACACAUGUGGCAGGGAAACAGAACAGAUUUCAGGAGCAAAUCAAGAGCUUCAGUGACAAGACUGUCUUACACAUGCAGAACUGGGGUGUCAUAAAAAUAUGAACAUAUUUAGGGGUGAGGAAGGUGUCUGUGCAGAAAUGACUAUGGUCUGCCUGAAUGAUUUUGAAGAAUAUGCCAAGAGGCACCUCCCAAAGACUACAUGGGACUAUUAUGAAGCCGGAGCUGAUGAAUGUACCACCAGAGAUGACAACCUGCAGGCUUAUAAACGGAUCCGCUUCAGGCCACGGAUCUUACGUGAUGUGUCGAUCAAUGACACUCGGACCACUGUGCUGGGAACGGAAAUAAGUUUCCCUGUGGGAAUUGCACCCACAGCCUUUCACUGCCUUGCAUGGCAUGAGGGAGAAAUAGCCACUGCUAGAGCCACUGAGGCAGUCAACACCUGUUACAUAGCCAGCACAUACGCCACAUGUUCAGUGGAGGAGAUCGUAGCAGCAGCACCUAAUGGGUACCGCUGGUUCCAGCUGUACUUGUACCAGGACCGUAAGCUCUCAGAGCAGAUUAUACGCAGAGUGGAGGCACUUGGCUACAAAGCUCUGGUGUUUACAGUGGACGUGCCCUACACUGGCAAACGCCGCAAUGACAUACGCAACCAGUUUAAGCUCCCACCUCACCUGAAGGUCAAGAACUUUGAGGGAAUGUUUCAGGAUCCGCCAACAUCCCAGGAGGUGUACGGGACCCCAGCUAAUACCCUGGACCCGUCAAUCAGCUGGAAGGAUGUGAGCUGGCUCCAGUCUCUAACACGGCUGCCUAUAAUCAUCAAGGGCAUUCUUACUAAAGAGGAUGCAGAGCUGGCAGUUGAGCAUGGCGUCCAGGGAAUAAUUGUGUCUAAUCAUGGGGGCCGACAACUGGAUGGAGGUCCCGCUUCAAUAGAUUGUCUGCCUGAGAUAGUGGACACAGUGCAAGGCCGGAUCGAGGUCUACAUGGACGGAGGGAUCCGCACAGGCAGUGACGUGCUGAAGGCCAUAGCCUUGGGAGCCAGAUGUGUGUUUAUUGGCAGACCAGCAAUCUGGGGUCUUGCUUACAAGGGGGAUGAAGGAGUGAAAGAGGUCUUACAGAUACUACAUGACGAGUUUCGUUUAUCCAUGGCGCUGUCAGGUUGCAGAAAUGUUGCUGAGAUCAACAGGAACCUCAUUCAGUUCUCCAGACUUUGAACAGCAAAAAGGACUCUAGUAAUUUCUUUUUUAACACUGAGAGCAGAGCACUGCAAAGGUCCACUUUAUCCACUAUUAAUACUAAAUGUAUUUAGGAAACAACUGUUGCUUUAAGUCACAAGAAUGACAUUUUUACAAAUGUUCACUGUGUCUGGAUGGUUUUAAUACAGUUUUUGUUUAUUAUGAACGGCACAACAUAAAUUCCACACUAUUUUGACUGAGA